GGUUUGGGCGCUGCACCGCGGCAAGAUGGCGGACAGGGAGGAGGCGCUGAGGGAGUUCGUGGCCGUGACCGGCGCCGAGGAGGAGCGAGCGCGGUUCUUCCUCGAGUCCGCCGGCUGGGACCUCCAGAUUGCACUUGCCAGUUUCUAUGAGGACGGGGGUGACGAGGACAUCCUGACCCUUCCCCAGCCCACGCCCAGCUCCAUCUCCAGAGGCACUGGAGCCAGUGACCACCGAGUAACCUCGUUCAGAGACCUUGUGCAUGCUCAGGAGGAGGAUGAUGAAGAGGAGGAGGGACAGCGGUUUUAUGCGGGUGGCUCAGAGAGGAGUGGGCAGCAGAUCGUGGGUCCUCCGAGGAAGAAGAGUCCCAACGAGCUGGUGGAGGAUCUGUUCAAGGGAGCCAAGGAGCACGGCGCCGUGGCCGUCGAUCGGACAGCCAAGAGCGGCGGCGAGACCAGCAAGCCAAAGCCUUUUGCAGGGGGAGGAUAUCGCCUUGGGGCUACUCCAGAGGAGGAGUCAGCUUAUGUGGCAGGAGAGAGGAGACCGAGCUCUUCUCAGGAUGUGCACGUUGUACUGAAGCUCUGGAAGAGUGGAUUUAGCCUGGAUAGUGGAGAGCUGAGGAGCUACCAGGAUCCAUCCAAUGCCCAGUUCCUCGAUGAUAUCCGCAGAGGGGAAGUCCCAGCUGAGCUGCGCAGGUUAGCACGGGGCGGACAGGUGAACCUGGACAUGGAGGAUCACCGUGAUGAGGAGUAUGUGAAACCUAAAAGUGUCUUCAGAGCUUUUACUGGAGAAGGACAGAAGCUGGGCAGCACCGCGCCCCAGGUGAUGGGCACCAGCUCUCCGGCCCAGCAGGCAGAGAACGAGGCCAAAGCCAGUUCUGCCGUCGUGAUCGAUGAGUCCGAGCCCGUCACCAACAUCCAGAUCCGGCUCGCGGACGGCGGGCGCCUGGUGCAGAAGUUCAACCACAGUCACAGGAUCCGUGACAUCCGGCUCUUCAUCGUAGAUGCUCGGCCAGCGAUGGCUGCCACCAGUUUCGUCCUCAUGACCACCUUCCCCAAUAAAGAGCUGACUGAUGAGAACCAGACCCUGAAGGAAGCCAACCUGCUCAACGCUGUCAUUGUGCAGAGGUUGACAUAAAGGAGCCCAGCUCUGGCCACACCACUGCGGCGCGCGGGGCCGUCUCCUCACGCGCGUGCCGGCGCCGUGCCACGCAGGCCACAUCUGCUCCUAGCUCUGGGUUCUUAGGUCUUGGUUGGACUUUUUCUCUUUAGUUGCAUUUCCCAUGGGGUUUUUUUGUGAUGAUGAUGAUGAUGAUCAGUGGACUUUAAAAUAAAGAAAUGAAACGAAUUCGUUUGGAAAGGAGCUGCAGCCUCUUGUGCCCCAGAUUCCCCCAGGAGAGUUCAGUUACCUUGUGGAUUGAGUUACUGCACUCGGAGAGGGGAGGAAGGCAAGGGGGAAGGGAACUCCAGGGAGCAGUUUCUGUCAGUGGACUGCUCACCACAGUCCUUUCUCUUCUCUCCAGGGACUGCUGUGAAGUACUCCCUUUAUUUUCACACAUUAAAUAUAAGUUAUCUGAGAAUGGGUGAUCUGAUUGUCAGGAUAACGGUUCCACUCCUGUAAAAGCAUUGUGGGGGACGUCUUUGUGAAAGAGCUCAGUGUGGGGAAAACUCCAACAUGUGUGAGGUGCAAGGUUUAACACUUCCCAUGCUUUUCUGGAGAGAAAUCCCUGACUUUCCUUCCUUCAGCAGAACUCUUGGGGUGUUCAUUGCAGUCCCCACCUGCUCUGCCUUCACUUUUUCUGACAGGCCAGACUGGCUGCAGGUUUAAAUUGCUGUAUUGCAUUUCUCUGAGAAACACUGCUGCUGACUUCUUCUUUCCAAGAAGGCACAAAGCUGAAUCAGCUUGAAGUGACUGGAAGUAAAAGGCAAACAGAGUCUGUCUUACUGGAAAGCAAGUUCUCUCCUGAGGUGAAUUAUUGAGAUGAUUACAACAGCUUGGGUGGGAAAAUUCAAGGCUUUAGUACCCUUUGAUGUAUUUCCUCUCCUCUGCUGAGGACUAACAUAGCUGAACUCCUGGAAUUCUCCAGCGUUGAUCUCUUCUGUUUGUGUUUUGGGCUCAGGUCUCCAUCUCUUUCCCUCCUUUGAACAGUAUCCAGUGGGUGAAUUCCUGAUGCCCAGACAGGAGGCACUGGUAAGGCUGGCAUAGCUGUCAUGGAGUAUUGUGCCAGGGCACUUUGCAGUGCCCCUCAGCUGCUUCUGUCUUUGUUCUGGGCUUCUGAGCAGAGCCCAGAGCUGUGCUGAGCUGUGGGCUGCAGCCACCGGCUCCCUGGGAGGGGGAUCCUUGGGAAAGGCUGCACUGCUGAGGGCUGGGAUGCUCCCUCCCCAUCCUGCCUUAGGCACACCUGAGCCCCGCGGCCGCUGAGCUGUCACUCCCCGCCCUCAGCGCUUGGAAACUUCCAGGUCCUCCCCUUGGUGCAAGCAGAGGGAGCUCGGGAGCAGCCUGGGGAGGGCGGGCAGGUUGGGCAGGUUCAGCGUGAGGAACUCGCUUGGCUGCCUGCAGAACACAAAGCAGAGAGCAGCCCUCAGCAAGGGCAUUUUUACAGCAGUUCCUCAACUGAGAGCUGAAUUAACUCGCAGUUUUCAUUACUAAAUGGACAUAAGUGUGCGAAACAACCAAUUUGUAAAUUAUUGUGAAAAUUGUCAUUAAAAGCCCACAAACAGGAAAA